GUUCAGAACAAACACGUGGACUAAGGACUUUAAAAAAUAAGGACUGUCGUGCAGUUACAUGGAAGUUUUGAGGGACUUUCUCCUUGUCCUUGCGGGUGAGAGCAACGCUUAACGGGACUGCUGGCUUCGCUGCUGCACGCUGUUUGUUUCAAUGGACUGCCGCGGGUUUUAUCACUCUGUAAGUUGGACAAAAACUAUUGCAUGCUCGGAGACAAGUGUUCAAGACGAGUAUGACCUAACUUGUUGACGUUUUGCUAUGUAGCCUAGCCUCGGGGGUUUAACAACAAUGAACUCUCCCCGCGACCAGGAGCUGGCACCCUUAUCUCGCAAACACCGGCUCAUGGCUGCAUCAAUGCCCGGUGAGGACAGCGCGUUGCCCCGUAGCACUUCCAGGGCUGAUCGGAACGGAUUGGGGGGUCUUGUUCACUGUUUUAUAUGCGGGAGCGGGGUCACACCUGGGAAGGAAUUAAGGCUGCAAGUGACAUAUCAGAAAGAGAGGUCGCCUUUUUUCCCGUUUCUCCAAAAUCAAGAGCCAGCCCCGGGUGCGUGUGAACUCAGCCCCGAUGGCUGUGCGCUGGUGUGCGCCGUGUGCCACUGCUUCCUGACGGAACAGUGGAACUCAUUUGAGCGGAGCAGGACGCCCAUCGAGAAGCGCAUGUAUUGGCUGAAACGACCCUACCAGUGCGACUCCAGGCGGGUCCCUCAAGAGUGGAACAUCUCCUACGAUCUGGAAAGGAGAAUCAGCGUGGGCAGCCACAACUACGACGGAGGCGCAGAAUCUGAUUUCUCAUCUUUUUCUGAAAACGAGAACCUUUCAGAUCAGGAGAUGGAUCUGGUGGAGAGAGUGGGCAAGGACAAGUGUCUGAGAGCGCCCGUCAAAUUCCCAAGAGACAGUAGCAGGAAAAACAAUGUCAUCAGUAUUAAAAGCAGCCCGGAUUCACAGCGGGCAGUGCGUUGCGCGGUGGGUGUUUAUGACACUCGGGAAUUGCCUAAAGCUGAGAGUGUGCAGCCGGCAAGGCGCGGAGCUAAAAUUGUGAAUGUCAGUCAGUCAUCAGAAGCUCCGCUGAAGCCCCAAGAGAGACUCCCUCAGCGGUGCUGUGGCAAUUCUCUAACUGACACACCUGUGCGAGACAACGGGGUCAUUAUGCGCAACAGGCGCUGGUUGGAGGAGGAGAGUGUCAGACAUGUGGAGCAGCGUCAGAUCCAGCGUGUUGCCGACAGCAGCUGCGCUCCGUCCAGACAUCCAUCUCUGCUGCAUCGAGGGAGAGCCGAGAACAACUCCAGCGCUGCGCUGUCUCCUGUCAUCCCCAAAUGCAACUCGGCUGUUGCGAGGGAGAUCACCUCUGACAACUCCGGAGAAGACGAGAUAAACAUCACAAGUGAUGAUGAGCGGGACAUUCCUAGUCUCAAACCAGGGCCAACAACUCAGCUAAGAGCUGCGUCAGAUCCUUCCGCCAGGAGGGUCUCUCAUCACACUGCAAGCUCCUCUCCAGAGGAACGGGUUUGUUAUAUCUGUGGUACAGGACUCAGAAAUAGUGCCCAUUUCAAAAUCAGUGUUCAAAAACAGGAGAGGGCGCAAGGAGAGCCCUUCUUCCCCUUCCUGUGGCUCCACUCAGCUCCCCGAGGUGCAGUGCCCAUCAGCCCCUCAGGUACAACCAUUGUUUGUGGCAGUUGCCACUCCUCUCUCAUGCAGCAGUGGGAGAGCUUUCAGUUGGCUGAUGUGCCUGUCCUUCAGCGUCUCUAUGUCGUCCCCUUGAAUCAAACUUCCAGUGCUUCAGGUCUCCAUCCAUCCCAACACAACACACUUGACAGAAGAACUCCAGGUUCCCUGGAGGUCACACCUGAACCAAAGCCCUCCCAUGAAGCAUGUUUCCUCUGUGGUCAAGAGGGUAGAGGGGAUUUGAGGGUCGUGUAUGCAAAAGCUGGUGUAGGGAAAUCCCGUGCUGUGAUGUACUUUCCUUUCAUUGGCUUGUUGCCUUGCCCACCUAACGCUCAAGCGGUGAAGAACGGCUGUGUGCACUGUUGCCCACAAUGCCACGCUAUUCUGCAGGAUAUCUGGAGCGCAUAUCGACUCAGCCUCAGUGAAGACCUUAUCACAUCUGUCAGCUCCUUUCUCGUUCGGUACCAUUCCUCCUUGUCCGCCGAUGGGUCCGGACCCGUGCACUCUCAGGUGGGGGUGGUCUCUCGCCACAGCAGCUCUCUGUCGAUGUGCUACCUGUGUGGAGCUGAACUGAGUGCAGGUGCAGAGUACCAGCUGCAUGUCAAUCCCCCCAGUCGUUUUGUGGAGAGGGAGCCUUUCUUCCCAUUUCUCACAGUUUACCCACCCGCACCAGGUGCUAAACCAGUUGAUGCCACAGGCCUCGUGUCCGCUUGUAAACUUUGCUACCACGACCUGCACUCUCAGUGGGCACAACAUGAGAGCAAGGCCCUGAAAUCCUCCAGCCCUUCUACCUCUGGCUUACCUGGUGCUAACUCUCACCCGCCCAGCUCCCAGUGGGCCCGCCAGUACAGCUGUGAGGCCUUUGUGUGCUUCUUCUGCAGGCAGGAGCAGCACAGGCAAGGCAGGCUGUGCGCUGUCACUGUGGCUCGGCUACCUGUGUUCCUGUAUGCGCCUCGCAGCCCUCGCAUGCUCCUGGUAGAUGAUGGCAGGAGGCUGGUGAUAGGUUCAUGUGUGGAUUGCAAAGCGGUGGUGCAGGUGGGACAGAGCAUGCAGCAGGAUGGAGCCAUGCCAGGACAUGGAGCCGCACUUGGAGAGAAGAAUGAUCCUGAAUUGGAUUCCCCAACACAUAGACAUAAGGCCAGUGCUUUGGUUUCAAGUAGCACUGGAGCCACUACAGAGACAGACUCAGGGCCUUCACGACCUGCACGGGAUCACACUCCUUCAUGCCCUGUGACCUUAGCGCCAGAGAGAGGAGACGCUCCACUUCCCAGCAUGAGCCAUGAGCCAAAGUCACCAUCAUUAGGAAUGAUCUCAACGGCGACCCGUACAACGGCGACGGUCAGCCCCCUCACCCCGUCACCUCUGAACGGCUCCAUCGUAGCAAAUGGAAGCCCAGCUGCCCAGUCAUCCCACUCUGGAUUUGCCGCAGCUCUCCGUAAACUGGCAAAACAGGCAGAAGAACCUCGAGCUGCAUCCUCCAUCAGCAGUGAGUCAUCUCCAGUCUCUUCUCCGGCCACCAACCACAGCUCUCCAGUCAGUACACCCAAGAGAGGUCCUCUUGGUCCAGGACCUGUGCUGGUUCCCCCAGCAGGUCACAGUGUGCCAAACACUCCACCUGUAGUCACCAUAGCUCCUACAAAAACAAGCAACGGCCUGUGGAGGAACGAGGGCCGGCAGGCUGACUCGGGGUCCCGUGGGGCCAGCAGGGAACGUCUGACUGUAGAGGGGACCUUCUCCCAGGAAAAAGGUGGCCCCUCGGUCCCUGCUCACCUCCUGGGAAACCCCUAUGCCUUUGGUCUCACCCCUGGUGCUGUCAUGCAGGAUUCACGGUUUCCGCCCCUUAACCUGCCCAGACAGUUGUCUAAUGCGGUGCCACCUGGUGCCAUACCAGAGGAGUACCUCCGGAGUUUUCGGCCCUACGCCACAACCGAGGAUUCCCUGAGGAUGCAGUCUCUGCCCCUUGGCCUGGACCCUGCAGCAGCAGCGGCUGCAGCCGCCUACUACCACCCCAGCUAUCUGCCCCACCCCUCAUUCACGCCGUACAGGAUGGAUGACCCGUUCUGCCUCUCUGCUUUAAGGUCACCUUUCUAUCCACUGCCAGCAGGGGGAGCUUUACCCCCCCUCCAUCCUUCUGCUGUUCACAUGCACCUACCUGGCGUCCGCUACCCUGGAGAUUUUGCACACCCUUCAUUAUCAGCACUGCAGUCUGAGAGACUCCAGCUGGAAGAUGAGCUGCGACAGCGUGAGAGGGAACGCGAACGAGAGCGCGAACGUGAAAAAGAAAGGGAGCGCGAGGCUGAGCGAGAGAAGGAGCGCGAGAGGGAACGCGAGCGGGAACGGGAGCGGGAGAAGGAGCUGGAGAGGCAGAAGGAAAGAGCUCUGAGAGAGAAGGAGCUGCAGGAGUCCAAGGCCAUGGAGAACCACUAUCUGGCUAAACUCCACUCCAUGAGAGGACAGGAGGAACGAAGCAAGCCUGAGAGGCUGACCCCUAACCGGGCUGAGAAACCCAAAGAGCCUGCUCUUCCAGCGCCCAAACCAGUACCACCUGGAAUCCACCCAUCAAUGGUCCAACCCCAUCAUCACGUUUCCAGUCUGAUCUCCAACCAUGCCCUCUACAUGGGCUCUGGCGCUGUGGGCACAGGACUCACUGCCUCAAUGAUCACGCAGAGGGCCAAUGAGGAGGAGAGAUGGUUGGCACGGCAACGCAGGCUGAGACAGGAGAAAGAGGAUCGCCAGUCCCAGGUGUCUGAAUUCCGCCAGCAGGUUCUGGAGCAGCAUCUGGACCUGAGCCGGCCCGCUGACGUACCGGAUCACAGAACAGACGCUCACAGGUCCAUGCAAAACCACCACGAGCCAGGAAGCAGAGAACAUCACCCCCACUUAGGCGCCCCUCCACCCCUCAUCUCGCCCAAACCUCCGCAGCCCCCACGUGAACACCACCCGCCACCUCCAACCACCCUGUGGAACCCCGCCUCGCUCAUAGAAACUGCCUCAGAAUCCAGACGUAGCCACGAGCCCUCAGGGAUGGGCCACUUUGAACUCAGUCGGGGCCCCCAGGGGCCCUCUAAAUAUGAAGAUGGAACUCGAAGGAGAGACAUGGCGGUGAUUGAGAAAUACCCCACUCACAGAACUCCUCUAGUACUCUCCGAGCACGGAACCUUCCUUGCUGAUCUAGAGAAAUCCACCCAGUCCCUCCUCAGCCAGCAGAGGGCGUCCAUGUCUUUGCCGAGUCAGUACGAAAUGGAGGGAAGCUUAAAAAUCCAUGCUGGACUGAAGAACCUGCAAGGACAUCCGGUGCACAGCAGGCACGGACAAGGUCUUGGAAUGGCGGCAGGAGCUGGGAUCGGACCACUAACUGCUCAGGGGCUGGGCCCAGACACGGCGCUGAUCUAUGAUGAGUUUCUGCAGCAGCACCGAAGGUCUGUCAGUAAGCUGGACCUGGAGGAGAAGAGGAGAAGGGAGGCCAGAGAGAAAGGUUACUACUAUGAGCUGGAUGACUCAUAUGAUGAGAGUGAUGAGGAGGAGGUGAGAGCCCAUCUCAGGAGGGUAGCAGAGCAGCCCCCACUGAAACUAGAUGACUCCACAGAGAAAUUAGAGUUUCUGACCAUGUUUAGCCUGACCACCGUGAGCCGGCGUGACGAGCUCGUGCAGCAAAAGAGAAGGAAAAGGAGGAGAAUGCUCAGGGAACGCAGCCCUUCACCUCCUGCUUCACAGUCCAAGCGCACUCCCCCACCCCCUCCUGCUCAGCUCAGCACACGCUUCACCCCGGAGGAAAUGGACCGAGCACCAGAACUGGAGGACAAGAAGCGAUUUCUCACCAUGUUCAAACUCUCUCAUGUCACCGUGCAGGAGAGAAAAGACAAUGAAAGAGUGGUGGAACUGCUUCAAGCCAUUAAAGAAAAAAGUGUGACCUUGGAUACAAUCAGACAUGCACCUCAUCCUCUGUGCAAGAGCCCUCCAGCACAUGUUUCUGAUCCAGCAUUUAGUCAGCACUCCUCUGAAUCUGAAGACCACCAUAAUGUCAGACAGCAUACUCCUCCGUCACAUUGCCCAGCAUCCCCCAGUGGUCAUCCAAAACCCGUUGGGGAUACCUUGCGGCCAAAGGCGCCCCCGUCCCCAGCUGUCUACCCAGAUAAGGCCCGGGGGCCCGGUGAGGGACCCAUCCCGAAGAGGAACUCCAGCUUGCUCAACAGCUUGCGGCCGCCGCUCCCCCUGCAGGCUAAAGAGGGACUUCACAGCGUCAAUGGCCGCACAAAACCUUGGGACAGCUUCACCCCGGAGGAAUUCGCCCAGCAGUUCCAUGAAUCUGUUCUUCAGUCCACUCAAAAAGCUCUGCAGAAACACAAAGGAGUGGCAGCAAAUGUGUCAGAUUCAUCUCACCUCCAGGAGUCCUCGGUCCACUAUAACAUUCCCGAGCUUCAGAAUGCCCCUAGCCGUCCGCCUCAGCCACUUUCCCAGCCUCACUCGAAUGCACCACCAUUUCCUCUGCCCCUUUCCCACUCCCUCUCCCACCCUCAGCCCAAUGGACAGCACUUUCCAAUCCCCCUCCACAAGGAGGCAGCAGUGAUGAGGGAGGACCUGUCUGGUCCAGAUGACUCAGAAGAGGAAGAUGAUGAUGAGGAGGAAGAUGAGGCUCCGGUUCCCAAGUGGCAGGGAAUCGAAUCUAUAUUUGAAGCAUAUCAGGAAUAUGUUGAAGAGCAAACUUUGGAGAGACAAGUAUUACAGAGCCAGUGUCGAAGACUAGAAGCUCAGAACUACAACCUCAGUCUGACUGCUGAGCAGCUGUCUCACAGCAUGGGGGAGCUGAUGUCGCAGAGACAGAAGCUAGCAGUGGAGCGGGAGAAGCUACAAGCAGAGCUGGAGCACUUCAGGAAGUGUCUGACACUCCCGCAGACACAUUGGCCGAGAGGCAGCCAUUACAAAGGAUAUCCUCCAAGGUGACCCCGACAUGCCAACCUGAAGACCCCCCGCUCCCGGCCGCCUCCCCUUCAGACUUAGAGUUUAUUUUUUCACGGUCUCGUCCUUGUGGCUUCGUGGAGGGGAAUGUGGCUGGCUAGAUAAGAUUAGUGAAUUAAAUGGCUUGAGUGAAUGAAUAAACAGGUGAAUGCACAAGAGACAGGACCAUUCAUUGAAGGACAGUUAGUCUUUGGACUGUGGCUUGCCAGGGUCUGCUCCAAAAGCCACUGAUGCGAUGCGUGCCAAUGUAGCCAACCCUGAGAUCAGCAAGGCAGGAGAACCUGAAGAUCAACACACAGUUACAAGCAAAUGCCUGCUAGUCAUAUUCUUUAGCUCCUGCUGCUCUGCUGUUUAGUUCCUGCAUCCCUCACCACCACAGCCACACAGACAAUCCUGCCAAUGAAGGAGCAGCUGCCCCCCUUUGCCCCUCGAGGGGUUUCAUCACAAGACUUGAAAGCUCCAAAUCUCCAAACGAAGGCUUCCGGCCAGUUGGGACAGAUUUUUACCACAGCGGCCACGUGAGCUUUUGAACUGGAAAUGCACUUAAGAAUAAAAGCUGAAGAACUACCUGUUGGUACUGUGUUACAACAAAGAACUAUUAAAAUUAGGGAAAACCUUAGAAAAUGUACAUUUAAAAAAAAAAGAAAAAAAAGAAUUAAGGAAAUGUUUUAUUUCAAAAUAGAAAGUUUGAAAAUAAGAAUUUUAAAGGGUGCUUCAGCCUUGUAUUGUACAUAAUAUGAAGACUUAAAUGAAUUUUGUAUGUUUUUAUUACUUUAAUCAUUGUUCUUUUAAAAGAAAAGCCUGCCAUUUUUAUAUGUUUAUGCUUUUUUUGGGGGGGGGAUAGAGGGGGUUAAAAAAAAAAGCCUUGCUCUUAGAGUUUGUUUUUUUUGUUUGUUUGUUUUUGCUGCUGCUGGCCAGAAAAAGCUCACUCUGAGAUGUUUCACAGAUGGAGUGGACGCAGGACGCGCUCCUGCGUUCUUCCUGUCCGGACUCAGAGCAGCUGAGACCCAGCCACAGCCCACCUCAUCUGGCCUCUGAGCUCAGCAAAGCUGGCUCAGAGACCCUGAGACACGGCCCCACCAUGCUGCACAGCAACAUGCCUGUGCUUCCCCCUCCUCCUCUGCUAUGUGUCACUGCUGCUGGCAUGACUAGUCAGUCAUAUCUACACCCAUAAAUCAGACUCGCAGUGAUGUACAGGUGCAUCGCAACACUUUAUUUUACAGUACAGUAUCUGCACUCAAAACUUGGUCAGGGCUCCUUUUGCUUGAAUUACUGUGUCAGUGCAGCUUGACAUGGAGCCUCUGGUUCUGAUGAGGUGCUCAGGUUUGCUUUGGUAGGGGCCGUCAGCUGGUGUGAAUUGUUGGGUCUCCCAUCUUCCUCUUGACAAUACCAAAAAAUAUUCCCUGUCCGAUUAAUGUUCAAUCUAGUUUGCUGCUCAGUGAAUCACAGUAGUAGUCCUUAGGCAGAUACAGGUACUUCACUCAAGGUAGGUGCUACGUCCUGCUGGAAGAUGAAAUCAGCAUCUCCAAAACAUAAAGUGCUCUAAAAUUUGAUGGUAGAUGCAGACUUUGAAAAAAAAAAAAAAAAAAAAACAGACCAACACCAGCAGAUGCCAUAGCAACCCAAAUCAUCACUGGGGCGCCAUUACUAUUUUUGCUAGCCUUUUAAAUACAUUACAGAAAUAAACCUUUUGGUGAUGGUCUAAAUUUUUUGGGAUGCACCUUUACAGUUCAUAUGUAAGAACUAUCAUAAACAAAUAUAAAUUGACUCAUUUAGUUUUUAAGACGGAACAUAGCUUUGAAGCCACUUUAAUAAUUACACCUUACAAAAUUAAGCCCUUAUCAAACAGCCAUUAAAGGACACGGUGCCAAAAAAAAAUUUAAGAAUUUUAUAAUCUUGACUUUGAUUCAAAUUGUAAUUGGAGAGCCAAACUUUCCAUCAAGAAUCUUCCAUUUCUCUUGACCUUUUUUUGAAGGAUCCCAAUGCUGCCCAAAGCUGUCGUCAUGUUCUAAAUAUCCGCCACAAAAUCACACAUGUAAUUAAGCUGGACCUGAUUACAAAGGGGGUAUUUUUUUGUUUGUUUGUUUUUUACGUUGCAUACAUGUUUACAACCUCUCCUCUGCCCUGAAAUCUGUCCAGUAGUUCACCGACUGCUUUCACCAUCGGAAUCAUUCGGCCUGAGUUUUAGGGCUGAAUGUGCCAUCUGAAACCCUGGAGGCCAUCACUGACAUGACUGGUUUUUAAGGUAUUGAUGUAAAAACACGAAGCCUUUCAAAAAAGGAGAAAUAAUUUUAGAUGUACUAAAAAGGGGAUUUUUGACUUAAGACUGAAGCACAAUUAUGCCACACGAACCCUAUAUCACGUCCAAGUGCCUCAGUGAUUUGGGAGCAUGUGAAUGAGUUGCAGUCCACACAAUGAACAUUAACAAUCAGGGACUUUACAUCUCACACCUUCAAAACAAGACUUGAAGACGACAUUAAAUAAAUUUAUCCGAUCACUAAUUACUUCAUUCAAAACUGAUUGUUUUUUGGGGGGUUUUUUUUGUUGUUGUUUAAAUGAGCAAGGCCUUAGCUAGAUAAGAAUUAAAAAGUGCAGUCUGUUACUUUUCCACAGCAGCAAAGAGCCACCCCCUGCAGCCUAUCAGCAAAUGAGGACGCAUGCAAGCUGAGGUAAGCUGCCAAUUAGCUGGGGAGGAAAGUGCAGUAAGAUAAAGCUCUUUCUCAGCCUCCCUGGGUCUCCAUCUCCAACCCACGCACGCCCAUGCAAUAGCCCUGUUACUCAGUGGAGGAUGUCUAGAUGCUGUGAAAUCCUGUUCUUGUUUUUUUUUUUUUUUUUUUUCUUUUGGUUCUUUUUUUUUUAUUAUUAUUAUUAUUAAUGUACUUGUUUAAAUUCAUCGUAAUGUAAUAUAUUCUUUGUUGAAUGUAGUAAUUAGGUAUUUAUGAAUAUAUGGCUGUGAUUUCUGACAAAAACGAAAAAUAAAAUACUUCAAAAAUGUCAAACAUUAAAA